UGUUUGAAAACAAGUACUGACGCAUAUGAAGUAUGAGAGAAUAUUAGAAUGAAUUCCCUAACUCUCAGUUUGAUGUCACAGUCUGGUAAAAUCAGAAUCCUUCAUUCUACUGCACUGCUUUUUGCACGUAGAGUCUACUGUUGUGCAGAGAGGAGUCUUUGCACCGGUAAGGGGAAUGACGAAGUACGUCUAGCUUCCGAAGCCUCAAAGAAAUACGGCAAUCCAGCACCCACCAUCUUCUCUAAAGUAAUCGACAAAUCUAUACGCGCCGAUAUCAUUUACGAAGACGACAAGUGCCUGGCAUUUCGCGACAUCAACCCACAGGCACCCGUGCACUUUCUCGUAAUUCCCAGAAUCCCAAUCCCAAGAAUUAGUGACGCCAAAGAUGAGGACGCACAGCUCUUAGGGCACCUCCUUGUGGUGGCCAAAAACGUGGCCAAGAGCGAAGGCCUGCAGCAGGGGUACCGAAUGGUCAUCAAUGACGGAACGCAUGGUGCACAGUCAGUGUAUCACCUGCACAUCCACGUACUGGGUGGGCGGCAGAUGAUGUGGCCCCCCGGGUAGUGGAGUGUUUCCCAGCACACUGGGGACACGGCCUAGAUGUUCCAGCGCACGUGUCUGUCUUCAUUGGAGAUCUAUGCGGAAUGAGUCUCUCUCAUGUUCCAGGACAGCUCGAUGUUUUGUUAAUGCAAAAUCACUCGAUACAUUUCUUCCAUGGAGAAUUUCACAAUAAACUUGAUUUGUCCCAAUAGCCUGUGUGUGUUUAAAACAGCUUGUUGCAUCAUGUACUGUGUCAUGCCCUGUGUCAUAGAAUUGUUGCAAAAUUGAACAACAUGCAGAAUCUGGUAUUUCACUAUGAAAAUCACAUUAAUAAAAUUUAUAACAUAUGCAUA